GAGGAGCUAUUUGAACAUUCGUAAAGAUCUUUCGUUUUGAAUCGAGGACAUGUUUGACAUGACCGAAACUAGAAAUCAUCGAAAAAUGAAUGGACGGAUGCGUUAUUUCGCUCUGUAACUGACAUCUCAUUCGCAAUGGGUAUUAUAGAAAAAAUAGGUUAUAUAGCGAUCUUUUACUGGAGCUACAAAAUCUAUCACGGCAUAAUACGUAAACUGAUCAAUGGCUUUUCGAACGACAAGAAAAUUGAUUUAUUAUCGAUGGGUAAAUGGGGAAUGGUAACUGGUUGUUCACAUGGUAUUGGGAAAGCAUAUGCCGAAGCACUUGCAAAAGCAGGAUUAAAUGUUGUCCUAAUAAGUCCCGAUACUGAAAGUUUGAAAAUAUUUGCCAACGAAAUAGAAGCUCUCUGCAAUGUUAGAACGAAAAUAAUAAGAUUAGAUUUUUCCGAAGGAAUGGAAACUUACCGUGCAAUAGAGAAGGAAAUAUUAAAUUUAGAGGUGGGCGUAUUGGUGAAUAAUCUCGGUAUUUCUUAUCCUCAUCCUGAAUAUUUCCUGGAUCUACCACAUAAGGAUAAAAUUUAUAUGAAUAUUAUACAUUGCAAUAUCGUUGUUGUGACGAACAUGUGUCGAAUAGUCUUACCACAGAUGGUUUUACGUGGUAAAGGUGUUAUAGUAAAUAUUUCAUCUAGCGUGGCUCUAAUGCCAUGUCCAUUAUUGACUGUUUUCGCAGCAACGAAAGCCUACGUUUUAAAAUUCAGCAGAGAUUUGCAAAUCGAAUACGGCAAGCGUGGUAUAAUCGUGCAAUGUCUUUUACCUGGAACUGUGACCAAUCACACGAUGGAUUCUCCAAAAGCUGGCUGGAUGAUACCAACUCCAGAUGAAUAUGUUCAAAGUGCUAUAAAAACGAUCGGAAAGGAAAUCGUCACAACUGGCUUCAUUCCACAUUCCUUAUUGAUUGGAAUGGUCAAACUGAUAUAUCGUUUUUCCCCAAAGUUGAUACUUAUAUGGAUGAUAAGCGUUAUGGAGAAUAAUCGUAACAAUAUGUUACAACGAUAUCUUGCUUAAUCUCAUAAUCUUCAUAUUCGCUUUUUCGCUCAUCGCUCUUUUGAAUUUUGUUUGCCGCGCUCUUUUCAUUUUGCCAAUCAAACACUAUCAAUAAAUUAGUUAGUGCAUAUUAGAUCGUGUUACUAAAGAGAAAUUACAUAAUUUGUAUAUAUUUCUCUUUCAAAAAGAAAACAUUUUUAUGAUUUUUUAUGAAAAUCUACAUUGUUUAUUUUUUCAUAUUUAAUUAUCUAAUUAACAACGCAUAUAUAAUAUAUUUUUUAUGUUACUAUUCAUUUCUAUAAGAGAACGUAUUGUAAACUGAACUAAUGGAAUAUAUCCGAAGUUGCGUAAUAAAUUAUCAAUUAGUUCGUUUAUAUAAACAUUCAUUUUACGUAUUAAAACGAUAUAUUAAUAAAUAAUACAAAUGGAACAUAUAAAAUUAUUCACAUAUAUUCGUUAAAAUCAUGCAUGGCGUUUUGCAUGUUGUUACAUAACGAAAAUUAAUAGAAACAGCAAAAAGGAAAUCUAUGUAGGUAUAUAUGUAUCUAUGUAGCUGUAGAUAACAAAAUAUUUAUAAAAUUAAUAUACAAAUGUUUAAAUUUAA